AACUCAAGAUCGAACAGGACAAGGGACGCGAGAUGGAGGCUGCAUAUGGAAAGAAACUUGCCACAGUUCAGACAGAGUUGGAGGAACUUCGGCUGACCAAGGAGGCAUCCCUGCUUCAGCAGAAGGAGCAGUUUGAAGCACAGAAAAGAGAGCUCAAACGCGGUCUUAGGGAUGCGGAUGAGGAGGUGGAGCGCCAGCGCCGGGAGCUGUCUGGAUCAUUUGCUGUGGAGAUCCACCGCCUAGACCUUGAGUGCCAACAGAGGAGAGAGGAGGCCCUGCAGGCAGUGUCCAUGGCAGAGGCCCUUGCUCAGCAGCAGGAGAAGGAGGCUCAGGCAGCCAGGGAGAGGGAGGCACAGCAGGCGGACGUGGCACAGGCUGCUCUCCAGAACGCGAGGCUGAAAGAACAGCAGGUAGCGGCACUGGCCAAAGAGAUGGGUUGCCUCAGGGCGGCGCACAAGGAAACGAUAUCGCAGCUGGAUUCGAGCCUUGCUGAGGUCAACGAAGAGAGGCAGGCGGCCCUUGACAAUGCGAGGGACUUGGAGCGGCGGCUCAAUCUCGCCCAAGCGGCCCUGAAUGACAGCACGAGGCAGCACGAAGAAAACGUGGUACGUGCCCGUCGAGAGCAUCAGGAGGCCGUCCAGCGGCUGCAGGAGCAGCUGACAGCCACGCAAU